AAUUAAUUAACUUGAAAGAAGACUUUCCAAAACGACCCUAAAAUUUUCCAUUAUUUCUAUUUCUGACCCGUUGGUUUCAAAUUUUGACAUAAUGAGCUCAACAGUGCAUUUUCAUGCAAAGACGGAGAAUGGAUUGUGCUGCCCACCGCCAUUGAAGCUUAACAAGGAUUCCCAUAUCAUCAAGAAGUCGUCGCCGGCGUCGUCCUCUUCCACCACCUCUCGCACGGCGCCCCAACAACAGCAACGUCACGGCCCGGUCAUAAUCUACACGCAUUCCCCAAAGAUCAUUCACACGCACCCCAAAGACUUCAUGUCACUGGUGCAGAAACUCACCGGGUUGUCGCGCGCAGAGGAGGACGAAGGUGUUGUCUUGCGUCGUCGCCAAUGUAAUAAAUCCUCCGAAACAGGUGGUUCUAAUGGUGCUGCUUCGACAACGACGACGGAGGAAGAGGAGGACAGCAUGAAGAGCGCGAGGAUCCUGUUGGGAAAUGAUGACACCGAGUCAUCGUCGGUGAUCACCGAAGAGAACUGCAGCAACGUCGUCGGCGAGGGGAAUGUCAGCCAAGUGAAUUCAUACUUUUUGCCGCCGAUGUUUGAGCCUCCGUCGAACCCAUACAUGGCCGAUAUACCGGUAUUUACGCCGAAUUCGGCCGAGUUUUUGCCUUGCAACCAGCCAUUUUAUGGUUGCACCGAUUCUAUCUUUUACAUGCCUAACAAUAUGACUAGGGCGAAUGAUUUCAAGGACUACUAAUUUAAGGUUGUUUUUUUUUUCUUUGGUAGUUAAUUUUAAUAAUCAUGAAUUAAUUAUUAAUUAUUCAUUCAAUAA